AUGCCUAACGAUUCUGUAUGUAUAAGAUGCAAGAAACCUGUUAAAGAAGGCAUUAAAUGUGUACGUUGUGGUAACAUUUCUCACAAGUGCUGUUUAGUAAUCCUAAAAAAAGAGUUCAUAGGUAAAGAUUCGGUGUUGUGUUGUAAUGAUUCCGAGAAUGAACUAGAAAAUGGGGAAAAUCAAUCACCAGGAGGUUUACAAGCAAGUUCCGAAUUGGACUCUAUUAAAAUUUCAUAUUUGGAGAAAAUUAUUAGCAAUAAAGAUGAAAUAAUAGAAAAUCAAAAAAUUGCCAUUAAAGCUUUGACUGAACAACUUGAACUAUUGAAGCAACUAAAAACCAACAAUUCAAGUGGUCCACCUAAUAUUUCUUCUUCUACUGGUAUUGUUAAUAAGCCUUCUUCGUCUACUACACAUGCUGAUAAAACUAUAAAAAAAGCAUAUGUGGCCAACGCUCUGCAUCACAUUGAAAGUGAAAGAAUUUGUCAAUCUGUCAUAGAUUUAAAUAAGGAUUCAGACCCAAGACCCAAAAUGUUGACCAAUUUUGCAAAAAAGUCCAGAAGUUUGCUAACAGGAUCGCUUCAAAAUUCAGCAAAUUGUACAAUUAAAGCAAGCAACAGAACAAAAACAACUGCCUUGAAUAUUGUUCAUUAUCACGCCACCAAUAUGGACGUUGCUACUUCUGAAAAUGAACUUUUAACGUAUUUGGUCCAGUUUGCUCCCAAUAUCAAGGUUAAGAAGUUAAACGCUCGCUUUCCAGAAGAAUACUCAUCCUUCAAAUUGUCUCUGCCUGUAGAAGAGACUCAAUCCAUUUUAAAUGCUGAAAUUUGGCCUCAUGGAGCCGACUUGAAAGGCGAUUUUUUAUUAAAAAUACCAGGGCCAACACGAGGUUACGGUUUAUCGCAAGACGAAGAAGACUACAAUGAGCAAUUUGGAUCAGCAGAGAAAGAGCAAGAUGAAGAAUUAUCCAAUAGCGUUCUCGAAAGGUCUAGAUCAGCUUCGCAAUCUCCCACAGUGGAAACACCAUCUAGAGCCAACUAUGUCGAUAGCCAGAACAUCGUGAUCGAUGGUGAGCCGAACUCCUCGUUGUCGUCUGCCGCGUCUGCUUCUCCAGCGCGCCCGUCGCGGUCGCAAUUGGCGCAGUCGGUGGGAUGUUUCGUUGUUUCGGCCGCGAUUGUCGCUUUGUUAGCGCGUCGGGAGGCGCCGGCCACAAUGAUGUGA